AUGAUUAUCAAAAAUGAAGGAAGAGCAAUAUGUGAGUAUAAUGAAGAGGAAACCAUACCCGCGACACAAAGAAUAGAAAUUGGGGGCGACGAGUACAUUGAAAAGAGAGCAGAGACUGUCUUCCCCUUCAUCGUUGCUCUCGAAUUUUUUGCAUUCCCUCAUUCUCCUGGAAUAAUGCAUAACAAUGAUCUGGUGGGAUCUGUAAGAAAAAGAAAAAAAUCAAUAGAUGUAGAAGGAGGCGAUGAUAGACUAAGCAGCCUGACGGAUGAUCUUAUCCAUGAAAUCUUUUCUUUUAUGAGCAUUAAAGAUGCUAUCAGAACCUGUGUUUUGUCGUCUAGAUGGAAGUUUAUCUGGACUUCAAUGCCUGACUUGAAUUUUGAAAAUCUCAAUGAUCGGCCCCACCUCUCCAAAUUUAUUUCUAAUGUUUUGUCUAACCGCAAUAAAAAAAUACAAGUUUCUUCAGUCAGUCUGUUACUUGGGAGAACAGUUACGGACGAUGAAUCUGUCUCGAGAAUUCUCAGCUUCGCAUUCUCUCACAAUCUCCAACAACUGAGUGUUAUACGUGCGCCUGGGAAUUCGAUUAUAUUCCCAUAUUCCUUCAUUGUGACACCAAAGUGGGACCUCCCAGCUUUAACCACAUUGCAUCUUCACUGUGUCAAACUCAUGUCUGAUGACCUUUUCUCCAAGUGCACUAACUUGAAGAACCUCAUCUUAAAAGAAUGCACAUUAAUGGAGGAGAUGGAAGUUUUAACUAUCUGUCAUCCUCGACUUUCUGAUCUUACACUUGUAUCUACACCCCCGGAUAUGGAAUUACAGGAGGGUGUGAAUGUGGUUGCACCUCAACUCAAGAAUCUCACUAUUAAAUGGUGCCAAGGGGAACAUCUGAUUUCUGCACCUGGGCUUACCUCCUUGGUCAUAGAAGGGAAUGCAGAUGCUCAUAAAAUAGUUUCUCUGCUUCAACAGCUCCAUAGUGUCAAGCUUCUUACACUUAAUUUGCAGAUUCUCCAGCGUCUUUUUUCAAUAGAGGUGCGGCCCAGAUUUAGGAAUGUCAAACGGAGGAUGAGGAAAUCAGCGCGUUUUUCUUCAGGCAUGGAAGUAAGCCCAUAUAAAACUUGUGUGUUGGCAAAUGCAAAGAUAGUAAAGUUUGUACCAAGUACUCAAGAAAUAGUAUACUUGGAAAAAGUAACCACAUGUACUGAAAUAAAAAACUAUGAUGAUAAUUCUCCAAGUUCCAUCUUCCCAAUGGUCUCACGUGAGGAGAUUAUAGUUAUGGGGGAUAUAGCAUUAGCACAUGUAUUUGUGAGACACCUGAGGAUAUUGGUAAAGGAGUGUAAAGCAAAUACAGAUAUUGAGACUGACAUGGCUCAUAUGGAUGAACAUGGCAAACCACAAGUCUGGAUGAUGCUCUGGGCAUGGGAAUUGCAAUAUAAGCUUAGGAAAAUGAUGGCAAUGCUUCAGCAAAGGGUAAUUGUAGAACUAGAGAAUUGUCGCAUGAUGGCAUCGUUAAGGCGAAGAUAUAAUAUUAUGCAGAGGGGAUUAGAGACUCAUCCCAUAGUUACAUGGUUGGAGGAUAUGCGUGCAUUGUUUGAGCGCAUUCAACGGUUGAUAUCUCGGCUGUCUGCAUCAAAGAGCGAUGUGUUGCGACCAAUUUUUCUUAGUCUAUGUCAAGAUGCUGUCAUUCUCACCAAUAAUAUGUUGGGAUGGAUAUUGGAGACUACAAACUCAACUCGACAGACGAUGAGAUUAUAAGUUAUGGUUAAAUCAAAAGGGUCGUUGAGUUAGGAUAUCAUUAUUAAAUUUUACAAAUUACGUUAG